CUGCUCCAAUCCGGGAGUUCUUCCCUUCAGUGAGCUCUAAUCGGCCAAAAAUAUGAUCUGAAGUUCCGCAAAACAGACGCUUCUGUCGAGAGGAAGUAUGAUCCGCGCGGGGCCCACGAACCAAUCUAUCUUCUACUUCCGAACCUCCCCCGCCGUCUCGAUUGAAUAGCGAUCACAACGACUUUACCAACAACUCAUUUCAACGAAGAAAUGACAAGUGCAUAUUCCGCCACCGCUUUCGACGAUAGGCGUCCCAUCUCCAUGAGCUUCCGUCACAGCCAGUCCGGGACACCAUCGUCGCCCCAUACGCCUCAACACCAUCUCCGUUCUAAUAAUUCUUCUUUCGCAAGCACCUCCUCUGCAAGCACGUCAUUCCGUGGAGAAGAGGAUGCUAUUAUAUUUGAGUUUGGCUCCAGAUGGCUUCGAGCUGGAUUCGAGGGCGAAAGCACUCCAAUGUGCGUGGUUGGAUGUGGUCCGGAGGAAUCGAGGAGGGUCGGCGACUACCGAGGCUGGUUGAAAGGCAACAAUGAAACGGAUACAUCGCGCUCACGACUAGCCAAAACAGAGGCAUGGACUGGUGCAUACGAACUAUGGAACAUGGACCUACGCAAUAUGGAUCUGGCUCUCGUUGACGACAAGAUCGAGCGCAUGGUUCGAGAGACCUAUAAUAAAUACCUGUUGACAGAUGCGGGAACGUCGCGACUGGUUUUGGUCCUUCCCUCUCUUAUACCACAUCCUCUACUAUCAUCACUUUUGUCAACCCUUUUUAGCCGUUGGCGGUUCCCGAGUAUCACCCUUUUGACGAGUGCUCCUAUGGCCGUGACCGCAGCUGGGCUGCGUUCGGCUUUGGUAGUGGACAUCGGAUGGGCGGAAACCAUUAUAAGCGGAGUCUACGAAUAUAGGGAGAUGACUGUUAGACGCAGUACGCGGGCUAUGAAAUCGCUGCUGCAGGAAACAGGACGGCUCCUUACACGACUCUCAAAUGACAGCGGGGCUUCGCAAUCUGCAGACGAAAUAUCCGUCAAUUUUGAGCUCUGCGAAGAAGUCGCUAGUCGGUUCUUGUGGUGUAGGCCCAAGGCUGUUCCCAAAAGCUCUACCGAGAAUUCGGAGCAACAGCCAGCCGAACCUCAUGAGGACGACGCUGAAACGACCGACCAACGCGAUGCUCCACUCUCAGAUGAAACAGUCUCUCUUCCCUACCCAUCGGGUUUCGGUACUACCUACAUUGAUAUCCCUUUCUCCAAACUCGCAGAACCAGUGGAAAAGGUUCUUUUUGCGGAGGGCCUAGCUGAAUGCGAGCUGGACGAUGAGGAAAAGCCGUUGUCGUUGUUGGUGUACAAUGCCCUUCUUAGUUUGCCGCCUGAUGUCCGCGGCACGUGUAUGUCGCGCAUUAUUUUCAUUGGCGGAGGCUCUAAUGUCCCCGGUAUCCGACAGCGCAUCCUCAAAGACGUGGCAUCCUUGGUUGAGAAGUAUGGCUGGUCACCUGUUCGUGGCACGGUAAUUGAACAGCAACGACAAAAACUCCAAAGUCUAAGUCUAUCUCAAUCACAAAUUUCCGCUGUCACGAAGCAGGAAGCUAUGAACGAGCCCUCCGACUCUGGAACUGAAAAAUCCGCAUCAGAACUACAAGAAGACGACGAAGAAGUCGAUCCUAUUGAGCAGAAGAUUCGUCGUAAUAAUAAGGAAAAGGACGUCAAACCGCCGGUUCAGGGUGUCCUGCGUGAAGUUGAAUCCCUUGGUCCAUGGGCAGGAGCCAGUCUUCUUACGAGUCUUAAGAUCCGAGGCUUAGUCGAGAUUGAGCGAGAGAAGUAUCUUCAACAUGGCCUUGCAGGGGCUACCCGAGAGUUGGAGAUGCACGGGCAUGCUCCUGAUAGACGCUUAGGGCUACGGACGGGCGGCGACCGGUCUAGUUGGACUUUAGCUGGCUGGGGAUGAUUCUAUGCUGGAAAGGUCUCUACCCCAUCUACCGUAUCCCCCGCACGUCCGCCACAUAUGCGACCUGUCUAAAUAUGCAUUGGAACUCGAGAGCCCCGGUUGCUUCCUAUCCUAGUGCUGACCUUACCUUGAAAUACCCUCUGAUUUUUUUGUCCUUGAGAUUGUCGAAACCGUUAGCAGUAGAUACGAUACCCGUUAGAAUCUUACAGCAGAU